ACACUGCCUCCCUCCGGGCUACGUCCACCCGGCGCCUCCGCCGGUCUCCUCUCCUCGUGUUUAUUUAUACACACACACGCACACCUUUCUCCCUAGCCACCACUCACCACUCGGAGCGAUAGCCGAGGAAGGAAGAUCAAACGACGAAGCAAAGCAAGCAGCGAGCGAGCGAGCGUCGGCAUCACGGGCAUGGGGGAGCAGGGCACCAGCGGCAGCGAGGGAGGCGGCAGCAUGGUGGAGGCACAGGCGCCGGCCAAGAAGGGCGACGGCCGCGCCGCCGACCCGCGGCUCCAGGGCAUUUCCGACGCCAUCCGCGUCGUCCCGCACUUCCCCAAGCCAGGGAUCAUGUUCAACGACAUCACGGCGCUGCUGCUGCGGCCGGGCGUGUUCAAGGACGCCGUGGACAUGUUCGUGGAGCGCUACCGCGGCAUGGGCAUCGCGGCCGUCGCAGGCAUUGAAGCAAGAGGAUUCAUAUUUGGCCCGGCGAUCGCGCUAGCCAUCGGGGCCAAAUUCAUACCGCUGCGCAAACCCGGCAAACUCCCAGGUGAGGUGAUUUCCGAGACUUAUACACUCGAGUAUGGGACGGAUUGCUUGGAGAUGCAUGUUGGAGCCGUCGAGCCCGGCGAUCGUGUGGUGGUGGUGGAUGAUCUGGUUGCAACCGGUGGGACGCUUUCUGCAGCUAUAAAACUUCUUGAACGUGCCGCAGCUGACGUUGUUGAGUGUGCAUGCCUCAUCGGACUCCCUAAGUUUAAGGAUUUCUACAAGCUCGAUGGAAAGCCAGUUUACAUACUGGUGGAGUCCCGCAAAUAAAAUGUAAAAUGAUGAUGAUUGAUCAGAAAAAGGAUCACAGCUUCAUUCGUUUGCAAGCGCGCAUGGUGGAUGUGUAUUGAUAACUCUGCAGUACACUGUUAGGGGCAGCUGCUAUUGCUAAGUGUCUUUCUUGGUGGAGAGGGUGAGAUAGAUGAGAUGUAGUCUUCCUAGCACUAGUUUUCCAGUAGUGGAGUAUUUGAUGAGAGCUUGUAGUUAUUUCUGUCGGGAAUCAUCACCGUUAGCCGCAAAGAAAAGAACCAUCCUGUUGUUCAGGUUCUUCUACGAGAUUUUUCCUGUGUAUCUCAGCAUUAGUUUAUUCCAUUGUCUCUAAAA